AUGCUGCGCCAGUUCGAGAUGCACCUCCUCCCAAGAUUAGCGACCGUCACGAAGCGCGAGAGGCAUAGCUUGAUCACGGGCGAUCACCGUAGGACCACCACCGGCAAUGAUCACAGUACCACACACACGUCUGGGCCAGGAGUGUCGCUGCACCCUCUUGUGGGAUACGCUUCCACUGUCACUCUUCCUGCGGUGUACUCGGCUGUCGUGAAGGUCACGGGACGCGCGCUUUCGCUUUCUGCUGCAGAGCAGGAAAACCGGCUCAGCAGAGAGACUUUUCACGAGCUGCUCGCAUUCAUUGGACCUUUGGAGGUACUUAGCGACGAGUAUGUUGUCAAAAUGUUUACCACACUACCAUCGUACGACGUCGAUAGCGACACCACCGAGGCACUGGCCAUCUUCACUCUCCUGAUAGAGCACCGUCACCACCCUCGACUAAACUCCAACGUGGAGGCGCUGUUUGAGGCCUUCGACGCGGACGCAAAAGGUAUCGUCCCUGCGGAAGUGUUACACUCAGAGGUACUGAUGGCCUGGGCAACUCAGCACACCUUUGGCAAUCUGCGCGACCAGUGGCAGCGACUCGCUGCUGUCAUUAGCACGGAGAGGAGGAGAAACUCAGAUAUGCUUCCACUCAUGCCUUCUAUGGCUUCACGUUCCGCUAUCCGCGCCGCGCUGUGCAGCGUCACCGCUAUCUACGUUGCGGCCUGCUCGCUGGACUUGGACGGUGGUUCUCUGUAG